AUGGAUCGCCUACGUAAUUUAGACCCACGUCGACGUGUUGCCGAUCAAAAAAUGCAUCAAACUACAUCAACAAUCACCGUUAAUAACUCUCCUGGUGUAGUAGGAUCAACAUCGAAUGGUAAUCAUGAACAACAGCCACCAACAGAGCCAAGACAAAAAGUUUCAAGUCUCGUAUUUAAAUUCGGAGGAGAUCGAACCAAAAAAGUACCUACAUAUACAUUUUCUCCUGCUGAACAAGCCACAAUCGAACAAAAUCAAUUACAUCGUGCUCCUUCAUCACCUCAACCUCAACCUCAAAUCUCACCGCAACUACGCAACUAUAUCGAACAACUGGAAACAAAGAACAGUGAAUUAAAUCAGAAAUUAAAUGAACAAUAUCACCAAAUUGAACAUUCAGAAAAAACAAUUCAUGAUUUAACUCAAUUCUGUAAUGCAUUACAAAAUCAAUCAAAUCAAGAUACAAAUAAUCCUCUUCUUCAACUUGUUUUAAACUUUUGUGAAGUUACACCCAAUCAACAACAAGAUAUUGUUUCUUUAUUUGAAUCAAAAAUGAUCCAAUGUAGAAAAAGCGAACAACAAGUUAAAUCAUUAAUGAUGACAUUAAAAUCUAAAGAACAACGUAUUACUGAAUUAAUAAAUGAAGUUAACGAAUUAGCUGCCAAAACAACUAACAUACCAACACCAUCAUCGGCACCACGUUCAAAUUCUUCAGUAUCGACAACGCCGAUAAGACGUGUUGAUUCAGCUGACGAACUUGAUUCGAUUAAUUUACGUCGAGAACUAUUCCGUACACGAAAUCGUCUUAAAGAAGCUCAACGUGAAAUUUCCUCACAAAAUAGUCUAACAAAACAUUUAUCAGUAAAUAAUCUUCUGUCAUCGGAUGCAUUAAUUACAGACCUACGCAAAGAUAUUAGUGAAAUGGGUUGGGAAGUAAAAAAUUUACAAAAAACAAAAGAAACUCUGAAACACGAUGUGGAAAAAUUAGAAAAAGAAAUUCUAACACUUGAAUCACAAAAAUCUUCGGUUGAAGAUGCUAAUUCACUUAUUACACGUGAAAAUAAAGAGUUACGCGCAACGAUUGAAGAAUUAAAUGAUCAAAAUCGUAUUGUUUUACAAAAUUAUCAAAAUCAUGUUAAAAAUUAUGCAAUACACGAAGGAUUAAUGACGAAAUUAUACGAUACAAUGGCUCAAUUGGAGAAAGAAAAUAGUCAAUUGAAAGAAAAGUGUGUUUAUCUUGAAGAAAAACUUGAAUUAAAACAAAUUUCGUUAGUCGAUAAAAAUGAGUUGGAAAAAUUAAAUUCAACGAAUCGUGUGUUAACUUUACAAUAUGAUUAUGAACUUGCUAAACGUGAACAUUGUGAAAGACAAUUAUCACGUUUACAAGAUAAUAUUAAACAAUUACAAUCAGAAUUAUCUUACAUGGAUGAAAAAGUUAAACGUGCUGACGAACAAAUGAAAUUAGCAGAUCGUUUAAAUCGUGAUAAUAAAGAUGAAUGUGAAGUUUUACAACUACGAAUUAUGGAUCUAGAAAAACGUUUAAAUCUAACGGAAAAAGAUAAGGAUAUUGUCGAACAAGAGUUAUUAAUUGUUAAACAAAAAAUGGAAGCAACUACAUAUCGUAUCCAACGUUAUAAUGAAGCAUUAAUUAAUGCUGACAAUGAUCUUGAAUUGUCCGAUACAAGCUAUAGCGAAGAUGUUGGAAGUAUUAAUGGUACUGAAACAGUAUCAUUAAAAAGUCGUAAUUCACAGGCAACACGAUCACAAAGCGAAGUUUAA